GAAAACGGCAAGACGUGUGUGUGUGUAUUUGUGUGUGUGAGACGCGCGUAUUAGUGUGUGUGUGUGUGUGUGUAUGUGUGACGACUGACGAGUGACGACGCUCGGAGCGAGGCGCAUAAAAUAAGUGAAAAAAAAAAAAAAAAGUCCCGAUUUAACAUUGAUUGUCCGUGAUUGUAGCGACUAGCAGCCUGUCGACAGGUACGUUCGAAGAUAGCGUAGGAGGCGCCGGCGCGUGACGUACCGUCGACUUAUAUUAUCCUAAUUUCUAAGGCAGUCGAUCACCGGGUUUUAUCGUUUGUUGUUACGUUGUUUCGUGUGUCGAACCAUUACGUCCUUGUGCCUUAGGUGCCGCUUGCCGGAAAAGACGAAUUUUCGGGUUUUCAUUUCCCUCGAUUUCCUGAUCGUGGUUUUUUUCAGUUUGACGGCCUCCCGGAGCGAGUGAUCUCGUUGUGCGUGUGCCUUUGCAGUUUCGGGGUAUCGUCGCGAGUGGAACCGGUGGGAUAUCGCUCUCCGCCUCCGAGAUGAUGGACUCGCCGACCACACCGCCGGGCUACAUGUCCGAAGACGGCGAUAACAACGAAUCUCACAGUAUGAGUCCCAAUCCUACUGUGAUGGGAGUACUGGACACUCAACCCGUCCUCUAUUGCGAACCUGUAUUUUGGUGCUCAAUUAGCUAUUACGAGCUCAAUACAAGGGUUGGAGAGACUUUCCACGCUUCUCAACCUUCUAUAUCGGUUGAUGGCUUCACAGAUCCCAGUAAUUCAGAACGAUUUUGCUUGGGCCUAUUGUCAAAUGUAAAUAGAACUAAUGUAGUUGAACAGAUUAGACGACAUAUUGGAAAAGGUGUACGGCUCUACUACAUUGGCGGUGAAGUAUUUGCAGAAUGUCUUAGUGAUUCUAGUAUUUUUGUACAGUCACCUAAUUGUAAUCAGAGAUACGGAUGGCAUCCAGCCACUGUUUGUAAAAUACCUCCAGGUUGUAAUUUAAAAAUCUUCAAUAACCAAGAAUUUGCAUCUCUUCUAUCUCAAUCAGUAAGUCAAGGGUUUGAAGCAGUAUACCAGUUAACUCGUAUGUGUACGAUACGUAUGUCUUUUGUUAAGGGCUGGGGUGCUGAAUAUAGGAGACAAACCGUUACAUCUACCCCUUGUUGGAUAGAACUACAUCUGAAUGGGCCAUUGCAGUGGUUGGACAGAGUUCUUACACAAAUGGGUUCACCUCGCUUGACAUGUAGUUCUAUGUCGUGAUUUAAUUUUAAAAUUUUAAACCACCUUUAUUAUUACUAUAUAAUAUAUAUAUAUAUUUUUUAACUGUACAUAACUCUUGGAAUGGCUGUCUAGUUUAAGGUCGUGAAUUGAAUCUGUAUUUAACCUAAUCGACUAAUUGGAACAGUGGUUUUGUGUUUUUAUGUUUUUAUUUUUUUUAAUGUAACAUGAAAAAAAAAACGUUUAAACCGAAAUGUUAGUGAUAGAUGUUUAGAAUUAUUAUUGAGUAUUAGAGUUAAGAAUUUUUUUAUUAUUAUUAUUAAUAUUUUUUUUUAUGUUAAAAAUAAAAAUUUUAAAUAACAUGACUUUAAAUAUAUAUAUGAAUAUAUGAUAGUGUUAAGUUUCAAGCUUUUAUUUUAUAGGUUUGUUCAGUUUGAAUUAUAUUGUUUAAUGUUGUAUUAAUUUAAUUUAAUAACCAGAGAAGCCAAUAAAACAUGUAAAACCAUAGGACUUCUAGCAUUAAAUGAGCAUGUUCAUCAAACUGCUUUUUGCAUUCACCAUGUGCAAUAUAUUUUCUAAAUUAAACUGGUAAGCCGUAUUUUGUAAGCGCCCAAGUUGUAGACAGCUGAAAUAUGUUAAAUAUAUUUAAUAUUAAGCUAUAUAACAUUUUGAAUUCAUUGUUUAUAAAGUUUUUAAAUACAUCUCAUUGUUUUGUCGAAUAAUUAAUACAUUUUAUAAAGAUUUAAAUAUGUUGUAUAUAAUUAUAAAAAAGCAUUCUUUUCAUA